UCGAAGUGUGCCUCGGUCGAGGGUAUUCUUGUCGACAGGAUUCACGUUCCAGACAACAAUCCAAAAUCAUUCAUCUCCAGAGCGUCCGAUGGCUUACGCGAUAUCUCUCACCUUCGACCACAGGAACACUUUCCAUGGAAUAGACUGCCACUGGAGUUACGAGUGAAAAUUCUGCAGAUUCUCAGCAAAAGUGACCUUGACAAAUGCCGAUUUUUGAAUCGGGACACGUUCGAACUUAUUCGUUGCAAUGAGCGGUUAAUGAAGAGAAGACUCUUUGAUACCUUAGUAUUUGGUCGCGGAUUUCGGUUACGCGUAGUAUGUUUCGAAGAGAAAAUAGAUCAAUCGCUGAUGGUUAAGAAACCGAAGAAACUCAAAUGGCCACCGAGUCUUUCCGAUGUAUUCUCAUCAUCCAUUAACAACUGCCUUCCAAAAGUGCUCAAAAACGCUGACGUUCAUCAUCUACAUUUCUUCAUGGUUCCUUUGACGGACGAUCUUCUGUCGACAAUCUCGUCGUGUCUGCUGCACGCUGGCAGUCGAGUACACACGAUAUCGAUCAGUCAGACAUCAAUGGCCUACGUGACGUCUUCUAUGCUUCUUCGAUUCCUUCGUGAGGUCGCUCCCAAAGCAGUCGACUUGUAUCGCAUCAAGUGCUUUCACGAAAACCUCAGUGCGGAGGUUUUCCGAUUCAUUGUAACGAGACAACACUUUUCUGUUGACGGCUUUGGUCCUGAUCCAAGCCCAAUAGACGACGAUAUCUCUCCCAACUGA